UUCAAAUAUUUGUCACUUUUACUAUGGCAAACCUGUCUGAGGUGGAUUUGUUGAGAAAUGACAGCCUCAACGGGACGCUGGACUUCACUGCAGCCAGUGAGAUGAACCAAAUAGGAAAUUUUAUUGUCAUCUGUGCCAUUUUUAUUACCAUGGUUUCACUGGGAUGCACCAUGGAGCCCACCAAGAUCAAGGCUCAUAUUGUCAAACCCAAAGGAGUGGGGAUCGCGCUUGUGGCUCAGUACGGGAUCAUGCCUCUGACGGCUUUCAUUCUGGCUAAGGUGUUCCAGUUAUCAGAGAUGGCCGCUGUGGUGGUGCUGAUCUGCGGCUGUUGUCCUGGAGGUCUUCUGUCCAACAUGGCGAGUCUGGCCCUCAAAGGAGACAUGAACCUCAGUAUCGUGAUGACCACCUGCUCCACCCUCGUCGCCUUGGGGAUGAUGCCUCUGCUCUUGCUCGUGUACUGCCGGGGCUUUGAGGGUCUCCAGGAGGCCGUCCCCUACAGAGAUAUAGCCUUAUCCCUGUUGACCAUCCUGAUCCCAUGUGGAAUUGGAAUACUCCUCAACCACUACAGACCACAGUACUCCAACUUCAUCACCAAGGCAGGUCUGAUCGUGUCUACCAUCUUUUUCAUGGCGAUGAUUGUGCUGACCUUUCUGGAGCAUGGAGACCAGACCUUGGCCGUUGUGGCUCCGUCCAUGGUGGCCAUCGCUUUCCUGAUGCCAAUGAUCGGAUACACCCUGGGAUACCUCCUUUCCCUCCUCUUCAGACUCACACAACCGGAGUGCCGGACAGUGUCGAUGGAGACCGGCUGCCAGAAUGGGGGUUUGUCUAUAGCCCUGAUUAAAGUGGCGUUUCCUCCACAAGCGGUGGGCCCUCUGGUCCUCUUCCCGGUGACCUACAUGUUGACUCAGUUAAGUGAGGCUCUUCUCUUGGUGCUGAUGUUCAGGGCUCGUCUGUGCUGGCAACAAUGGAAGAACAAAAAGGGAGUGUACCAAGCUGCCAGUCCACAGAUGCAGGAAGUCGGGAUAUCAGAGAAGAGCUGUUAG